AAAAUGAAAUGAAGAUGAUAUCAAAAACGGUUGAGAUAAAAGGGGUUAGAGGGGGAAGGUACAGGGAGAACGGUGUCUGAGUCUGAACCGGUAUGUGGGUAUAUAACAUAAACGACUCUUAAUUAAUUUGUCAUUAGUUAAUUAGUAUCGCGGUCGUAAUGGGUAAUGAAAUAUACCGGAUGCCGAGCGUAGCCCAAGAGAUGUUUCCAUGUUCGCAUUUGAUUUAGAUGGUAGCCCGUGGAAAGGCAGAGGGACGAAGUAUCAAAAAGAACGAGCUGCGACACACGUAUACGCUGAUAAACUGACUGCUCGGAAAAAUCGCAGGGAAUAUACGAGCAAAGUGGACAGUGGAGUGGACGUCAGACGAGAUUGAAGAACCCGGUUUGGCCUGACUAACAGACUCAGAAUAUAAUCUAAUCAUCGAAGACAUAAACGAGUAAAAAUGGGCAGGAAGUGGAUGAUGGAAGUGACAAACGGAAGGGCUCUCGGGAGCCCCAACUUUCAAGGAUAAAUCUAACUCCGGAUGGACGUGGGCGAUCUAUCGAAUGCCGCAGGAUUGGCUGCCAGUGGAGCCGCCGUUUUCGGUCCCGCCACUACUUCUGCCACACGAUUCUCAAACAGCAACACUGCUAAUAUUAACAUUGACAACAAUAACAGUAAUAAUUUUAUCGACAACGGUAAUCCUGACAGCGGUGGUCAGGUCGGGGCCAGCUUUUACCCUAGCGCUGGAUGGUGGACUCCAAGCUCGACACUGGUCACGGCACCCGCAAACGCCGACGUGAUGAAUCAGUUGUGCCGAGUAUGCGGUGAGCCGGCGGCAGGUUUCCACUUCGGAGCAUUCACAUGUGAGGGUUGUAAGUCAUUUUUCGGGCGAACUUACAACAACCUGGGAAGCAUCUCCGAGUGCAAGAACGGCGGGGUGUGCGUAAUAAACAAGAAGAACCGAACAGCCUGCAAAGCGUGUCGUUUGAGAAAAUGCCUGAUGGUGGGAAUGUCAAAGUCGGGAUCAAGAUACGGACGACGCUCCAAUUGGUUCAAGAUCCACUGUCUCUUACAAGAGCAGUCACACCAGGCCCAACAGCGGCUCAAGGAGUCGACAAAGUUGCCCUUCGACAAAGUUGCUUCCCUAGAUGCUGCUAACAACAACACCAACAACAAUAACAACAACAACAGCAAUUUCGCCGCAGCUUCAGGAUUGGGGAUGCCGGACCGCAAGGAGGAUCCAAUCUUGUCACCAAGACUGCCUCCAAGACCGGAUCUGCUACCCCACGAGCUUCUGAGACCGGAAAUAACGCGAUUCCCCCUCUGGCGAGGGCCUCCCUUUUUCCACCCCCUUUCGCCAAUACAGCUGCUGAACACCCCGUUCUUUCCGUUCCAGCAGCGAUUUAUGGUGCCUUACAUCAACAACCAGGCGAGUCAGCAAGUUCCGGUAACCAGCUUGUCCAGUUCUUCCAGCGAAAGCGUUUCGCCUCGCUCCACUCCUUCUCCGAAAGAGUUUCUGAUCGAAAAGUCGGAAACCAGCAGUCCGCCGAUUGUCGGUGACAAAGGACUCGCUUUUCUGAGGUCUCUUGGCCCAGAACAGGAGGAACCGAUGGACCUCAGUAGGAAAAGCUCAGAAGUGAAAGACAUCCUCGACGAAAGCUGUGAUUCUGAUGAUAGUGUCGAUGAAAAACCUGUAAUUGCGGAUAACCUUCAAGAAAAAGUCUCCACUGACGCUAAUCCGCCUUUAGAUCUCAGUUGGAAAACUUGACACUCGGUUAUCGGACUUUUUUGGGACAAACUUUCGAGUUUUGCUGGUAAAUUGUUUAAAAAGUGCCUUUUUCAAUAUUUAUUUGAUGGUUGCACCACUUUGUUUUGUAAAUUGUGACUUGGAGAAGAUGGCCGUUCGUGGAAACAAAAUGGCCGGUGAUUUAAGUAGGUGCUAAAAAUGGAUUUUUUUAUGAGAUAGAUAUGAACUGAUAUAGAAGAGAGAACAAGUAAAGUAAUAGAAGAUAGUAUUGUAUAUGCUCAAGUGUAUGUAAUUAAUGUCUAGGAAUCGAGGCCAGUGUGUAAAUAAUAAAAUGUUUAAUAAUAAAUAAUAUUUAAAUGA